CUUCUCAUAACAAACUCACUGUCUCUCUCUCUCUGUGACAUGAUGCUUUUGUGAGAAGUACUUAACUACUUAUAUAGGUUCCAAUCACUCUUCAAUUUACAAGUUUUCUUGCUUCCUCUUCCUCCUCCUCCAUCUCCAUUCCCUUCUGCUCAUAUCCAUUAUUCUCAGCAAAUAUGGAUUAUGCAGAAGAGAAUGGGUUCUGUACUACUUUUGAAGAUUUUUGUGACCUUAACAACAACGAAGGAGGCAGCAUCAGAAGAAGCAUGAUCCGGAAGAGAAGAUAUGGAGAUAAUGAUAAUAAUAAUAAUCAUGAUGAUGAAGAAAAUGACGAUGGCACAAGAUUCAAAUCCAAGAACCUCCAGACUGAGAGGAAGAGGAGAGAGAAGCUCAGCAGUAGACUCUUGAUGCUGCGAUCUUUAGUCCCAAUCAUCACAAAUAUGACCAGAGCUUGCAUAAUUGAUGAUGCCAUCACCUACAUCAAGAAAAUGCAAACCCAGGUGGAGAGUCUCACUCAGGAGCUUCAAACAAUGGAAGCAAAGGCGAAUUCGCAGCCCCUGAAAACAGAAAAUCAGCUGAAAAUAGAUGAAUCGGAGGAGGAAGAGGAGGAGGAAGACAUGAAGAAAUGUGGUACUCAGGUAGAGGUGAAGGUGACUCAAAUUGAUGUGAACAAGCUGUGGAUGAAGAUCAUCAUUGAGCAGAGAAGAGGAAGAGUGAAGAAAUUGAUUGAAGCCAUGAAUUCUCUUGGCAUCGAUCUCUUAGACAUCAAUGUCACCACCAUAAAAGGAGCUUUCCUCAUCACCACCUCCAUUCAGGAAAACAAUGGUGAAAGGAUUGGAGCAAAGGAAACUCAGGAGUUAAUGCUUGAUGUUAUUAGGACUAUAUAGUAUUCUCAGUUAGUAUCUCAUGAGUUCGAUUCUUUUUUGUUACCUCUUCUCUCUGAGUUUGAAU